AUGGCUGGUGAAAACAUGCGGUUCCACAUGUUGAGACGUUUGUCUGGAUGUAAACGAAUACCGAAUAACGAUCAUUUGCGAGAACACGCAAACGUCGACUCGCAAAUCAUGGAGAUUGGUGUCAUAGGAUUUUGUAUCUCUGCAGAUUAUGGGAAGUCGAGAAAAAGCAGUGAAUUUGAAUUGUGGCUGCCAGAGAAUGUUCGUUUGAAUGCAACAUUUGGAAUUCUCUUCGAUUAUGAAGUAAUCAAGUCACACACUGCAGUCGAGUGGCCUAGCUGA